AAAAAAAACAAGCGGGCUUGGCAGCUGUGCUCACCUGUGAGAUUGGCGCGACACGUGACCAGCGCUCAGGUGAAACUGUUACUGUCGUGUUGCUUUCUGGGGGGAGGAGGAGGAGAGAGAAGCAUUUAGACAGGCUUUGUGGAGCUUAGUUAGGCAGCGCCUCCGGCUACGAAUUAUACCUCAUAUUACAAGUUAAUACAGUCUGAACAGUGUCAACAAAUAAAUAAUUAGUUUAGAAUAAAAUAAAAAAAACACGUAGGAAAAAGUUAACGAAAGAGAAGUUGCUACUGCCAUGGCGUCUGCCAGUAACGCCGCCUCACCGACUCUCAACUCCGUGCAUGUCACUUCCAAAAACAAAACCAAGACGAAAAAGAAGCAUUUUGUGCAACAGAAAGUGGAGGUUUUCCGGGCAAGCGACCCCGUACUCAGCGUCUUCAUGUGGGGAGUGAAUCACUCGAUCAAUGAUCUGAACCAGGUUCCCAUUCCUGUGAUGUUGCUUCCUGAUGACUUCAAAGCCAACACCAAGAUCAAAGUCAACAACCAUCUCUUUAAUAAGGAAAACCUUCCUGGGCAUUUCAAGUUUAAGGAAUACUGUCCGCAGGUCUUUCGAAAUCUUCGAGAGCGCUUUGGAAUAGACGACCUAGAUUAUCAGGUCUCCCUGGCUCGCAGCCCACCUUUCACUGGAGAAUUCGCCCAUGGGGACGGCUUGUUCCUCACCUCGUACGACAAGACGCUGGUCAUCAAGCAGAUCUCCAGCGAAGACGUAGCCGACGUGCACAGCAUCCUCUCGGACUAUCAUCAGUACGUCGUGAAGUGCCACGGCAGCACCCUGCUCCCCCAGUUCCUGGGAAUGUACCGUCUGAGUGUGGACAGCGAGGACACCUACAUGCUCGUGAUGAGAAACAUGUUCAGCCACCGGCUGAUAGUGCACAGAAAGUACGACCUGAAGGGAUCCUUGGUGUCUCGUGAAGCCAGCGACAAGGAAAAGGUUAAGGAAUUACCGACAUUUAAAGACAUGGACUUCCUAAACAAAUGCCAAAAAGUGUAUGUUGAUGAGGAGCAGAAGGAAAGGUUCAUGGAGAAGCUUAAUAGAGAUGUGGAUUUCCUGGUUCAUCUGAAGAUCAUGGACUAUAGUCUGCUUGUGGGGAUCCAUGACGUGCAGAGGGUGGAGCUAGAAGAGGAAGAGGAGGUGGCCAACGAGGAGGAGGUGGAGUUAGAGAAUGGGCUGGGCAUGGUGUCCUCGAUGGGGUCCUACGGGAACUCUCCAGAUGGCAUAGGCGGCUACCUCAAUGCCCACAAACCCUUAGGACCGGGGGAGUUCGACCCCUAUAUUGAUGUCUAUGCAAUCAAAAGCGCACAAGGGGCUCCCCAUAAAGAGGUGUACUUCAUGGGGCUGAUAGAUAUCCUGACGCAGUACGACGCAAAGAAGAAAGCGGCACACGCUGCCAAAACCGUCAAACACGGGGCUGGCGCUGAAAUCUCGACAGUAAACCCUGAACAGUACGCCAAACGUUUUCGUGAUUUCAUCACUAAUAUUUUUGCAUAGCCUGUGCGUGCCCCCCUCCCUUCACUACUCACUCCAGACGUUUCUGUACUUCUUGAAGGCAAAGUUUUUAUUUUUUCCUGGUCUUCAUUCCUACCUCUUAUUCCUAUUCCGAUUCUGAGGAUGUACAUUUUUAAACUUUUAUUUAAGAAAAUAAAAAUACUAUUUUUAUUAUACUAAUACAGGAAUAAAUUGGUGGUACUGUAUUUAUAUAAUCGUGUGGUGUUUUUUUUUUUCCAGGCAUAUCUGUUUGUCCAUUUCUAAAUAAUGUAUUUACGUGUUUGUAUUGUACUAAAGCAAAAAAGUGCUUGUCGUCUUUUACAUUUUUUAUUACAUGCCUGCUGACGUUUAAACAUGUGUUUGCUACUUUCCCUUAUCCUAAGUUAUUAGCUGUUUGUUUGUCUUCCAAAAUCUGUUUUUCUUUACAUACAAAGCAAUGGCACGCACAAAGGUUUUUGUUGCUCUUAUAUCUCAGAAACAUGACAAUCUAACUUAGGUAGAAUUUGCUUUAGAUUUCAAAAUUAUUCUUGAAAAUGUAGUUCUUUACAUAGCGUGAAGAUUUCUAAGCAGAAUGGGUGCAUUGAGUUUGUAAUGCAAAGACUCCUGAGUUUAAACCCCAACGCUUGUCAUUAAGCCAACUAAGCACUAAAGAACCUGUUCUAGCAUCUGGUUAUUUAAGAUAAAGGAAAAAUCUGUUUCAGGUUUUUAAUGUUGUUCAGACCCCUUGUUAGUUAUUUCUGGUUGGUUUCUACUGCUGUACAACCUUUGUGUUUUGUUUUUUACAUGCCUGUACAGUAAAGUCUUUAUUAUCCGAUCCUCUGUUAUCCAAACAGCCCCUGGUUAACCUGUCUUGUUGUGUGCUGUGCUCUUCUGCCCAAGUUAUAAAAUAUUCACUAGUCUCUAGUAUUUACAAGAGUGCAGUGCUGUACAGCACAUUAUGUAUUUGUAGGUAAAGGGAUUGAAUUUGAUCUUUGUGGGAGGUUUCUUGAUUGGGAGUUUUCCCAGUAGCAUCCCCUGGUCUUAAUUUGUUUGGACAAGAGGUUUUACUGUCGGGGUACACCUGUAUUUAUGGCCUACUUCAGUCCAUACAGGAAACGUUCAUCAUACAUGCAGGGGCGGCUAUAUUUAUUUAUACAGUUUAUUAAUGUCAAUAUUAUUACCCUGAUUAGCAAGCAGUAAAUGUUGAUUUUGAGUUAAUGUUUUAGCUGGGGUGGAAACUUCCAUGAUCUUGGUCCAUAGCCUAGACUAUCUAUCUCCUGUUUCUGAAUCGUGUUCCAUCUGUUGCAAAGAAUGGCAAAAGACAUACCCAGGACUUUAAUAUGCCAAGGUGUGUUGAGACUGAAUUGUAAUAAAGGUCAACUGGAUGGGUGUCAAUACAGAGCUGUCUAAUAAACAUGCUGUUGUUCGAUUUUAUUUUUGGCCUAAUGUAUUUAAAAAUAUUAAACUUAGUUAGUGAACCGUUAACAGCAGUACAUUCACUACUGGGUGUCACUGUGUACUAACCAAUUAAGAUUGUUCCAGUAAAAACCUGGAAAGUGUACAGAAGUAAAGGAGAAUCGGAUAUUAGUAAAAGUUUAAUUUUUAGUUUGUAUUUUCUUUUUCAAACCAGAAUGUUUUAAAUGCUUUUUCCAAACUAUUCCUGCUUCUGAGUUUUAUGAUGUUGUUGAAUAAUCCAUUAUUUAUUCUUUCCAUUGUUUGCUUGUGAGUUGUGUGUUAUAUGAAAACGAUUUUAAUUAGUUGGUUUUUGCACACACACGAGUGGGGGAGUCUCAACAAAUGAAACACCAGAAUCUCUUUUAUUGUAAUAUACUUUUGUUUUAAUACAAUUGUUAGUUAAUAAAAUAUCCUUGAUUUGUAAUAGCUA